AUGGAUGUGCUCAGCCCGGUACAGGGCAAUAACACCACGUCCUCCGAAGGUCCCUUCGGGACAAGCGGCAACGCUACUGGCAUCUCCGACGUUACCUUCAGUUACCAAGUGGUCACCUCUCUGCUGCUGGGCACUCUUAUCUUAUGUGCUGUGCUGGGCAAUGCGUGCGUGGUGGCCGCCAUUGCCCUGGAGCGCUCCCUGCAGAACGUGGCUAACUAUCUCAUCGGCUCGCUGGCAGUCACCGACCUCAUGGUGUCGGUGCUGGUGCUGCCCAUGGCCGCGCUGUACCAGGUGCUCAACAAGUGGACGCUGGGACAGGUCACUUGUGACCUGUUCAUUGCCCUCGACGUGUUGUGCUGCACCUCCUCCAUCCUGCACCUGUGCGCCAUCGCGCUGGACAGGUACUGGGCCAUCACGGACCCCAUCGACUACGUGAACAAGAGGACGCCCCGGCGCGCCGCUGCGCUCAUCUCGCUCACUUGGCUCAUUGGCUUCCUCAUCUCCAUCCCGCCCAUGCUGGGCUGGCGCACCCCGGAAGACCGCUCGGACCCCGACGCGUGCACCAUCAGCAAGGACCACGGCUACACUAUCUAUUCCACCUUCGGCGCUUUCUACAUCCCCCUGCUUCUCAUGCUAGUUCUCUACGGGCGCAUCUUCCGAGCCGCGCGCUUCCGCAUCCGCAAGACAGUUAAGAAGGUGGAGAAGAAGAGAGCGGACACCACCCUCGGGGCGUCACCGGCCCCUCAGCCCAAGAAGAGCGUAAAUGGAGAGCCUGAGAAUAGAGAAUGGAGACAGUGCAUGGGGAAUAGGGCAGGGGGAAUUCUGUGCACCAAUGGAGCGGUGAGACAGGGAGGCGACCGCACAGCCCUGGAGGUGAUCGAAGUGCACCGGAUGGGCAACUCCAAAGAGCACCUGCCGCUGCCCAGCGAGACGGGUGCCGUCACAUGUGUCUCUGCCUCCUUCGAGAAGAAAAAUGAGCGCAACGCUGAGGCCAAGCGCAAAAUGGCCCUGGCUCGCGAGAGGAAGACGGUGAAGACGCUGGGCAUCAUUAUGGGCACCUUCAUCCUCUGCUGGCUGCCUUUCUUCAUCGUGGCCCUGGUUCUACCCUUCUGCGAGAACAGCUGUCACAUGCCCACCCUGUUGGGCGCCAUAAUCAACUGGUUGGGCUACUCCAACUCUCUGCUCAACCCUGUCAUUUACGCCUACUUCAACAAGGACUUCCAAAAUGCCUUUAAGAAAAUCAUCAAGUGCAAGUUCUGCCGCCAGUGA